CAUUCCAACGAUUGUUGGAAAAUACCAAACGAGGAUCGUUUGAAGAAGAAAAGGAUGUGCAGCGUUUUAAACGUGUGUUGCAACUGAAGGAAUAUCCAUGGGUUUAGUGGCUGCCGCAUUGUGACCUUGAAUAUUUUAACUGGUGGCUGGAAUGGUAUUUUUUAUUUUCUUUUAACAGAAUGAGUUGUAUUGUUCAGUGAUUCAGGAAGAGUACAAAAAAUUAGCUGGUAGAUUUCUAAUCAUUCGGGCAAAGGCAAUAGCAGUAAUAUAUUUAGGUCACAAUGUCAGAACGGUCCCAAUUUCCAUCAGUUGUGCAAAAGUUAUCAGGUCAAACUUUCCUUGGUCCCAGAUCUACACCUACCUGGCAAGUCAACCAGAAUGUCAUGCUCCAACCUCAUGGAAUGCUAUCAACUCCUGUGCAGGGUUAUGGUGGUUCACAGAGUGCAUUUUUGCAGUUAUCAAAAUGGAACAAUAUGAAUUUGGCAACUCCAGCCAUUUCACCUGUUUAUGUUCCAGCACCUUCAGAGAAAGGUGUGAAAGGUUUCAUGAUUGAUUUUUUGAUGGGAGGUGUUUCUGCUGCUGUUUCAAAAACUGCAGCUGCCCCCAUUGAACGUGUUAAGUUGUUGAUCCAGAAUCAGGAUGAAAUGCUAAAGUCUGGUCGGCUCGCUGAGCCAUACAAAGGCAUAGGAGAUUGUUUUGGUCGAACAAUCAAGGAUGAAGGUGUUAUUGCUUUAUGGAGAGGAAAUACUGCUAAUGUCAUACGUUAUUUCCCCACUCAGGCACUCAACUUUGCCUUCAAAGAUUACUUCAAGAGGCUAUUCAAUUUCAAAAAAGAUAAGGAUGGUUACUGGAAAUGGUUUGGUGGAAAUCUUGCUUCUGGCGGUGCAGCUGGUGCAUCAUCUCUUCUUUUUGUUUAUUCCUUGGACUAUGCUCGAACAAGGCUGGCUAAUGAUGCCAAGGCUGCAAAGACAGGAGGAGAGAGGCAAUUUAAUGGGCUUAUUGAUGUCUACCGUAAAACUCUCAAAUCAGAUGGUAUUGCUGGUCUGUACCGUGGAUUCAACAUAUCAUGUGUGGGGAUUAUUGUGUAUCGUGGUCUGUACUUUGGAAUGUAUGAUUCUCUAAAGCCAGUUGUUUUGGUUGGAGAUCUUCAGAAUAACUUCCUUGCAAGUUUUCUUCUUGGUUGGGGCAUUACAAUUGGUGCUGGUCUUGCUUCAUAUCCUAUUGACACUGUUCGUAGAAGAAUGAUGAUGACUUCUGGUGAGGCAGUGAAGUACAAGAGUUCAAUGGAUGCUUUUCAACAGAUUCUCAAGAAGGAAGGUGCCAAGUCACUCUUCAAGGGUGCUGGUGCAAAUAUUCUGCGAGCUGUUGCUGGGGCUGGAGUCUUGGCUGGAUAUGACCAACUGCAGUUACUUCUUCUCGGAAAGAAAUAUGGCUCUGGUGGUGGUGGCUAAUAUUAUGAAGUUGAUGGUGAUGACAAAAUGUUUAGCCAUGAUUUUUUGGCAGUUCAAACCAUUUUUCUGGUUCCUUAUAAUAAAAACACUUGGCUAAACUAUUUACAAUUUCCAGGAGACUAUGAAACAGUACAAUUUCAUUUGAUUUUGCCAUCUGGAAUUUGCGGAUGAGAAUUUGAUGUGACAUCAGGCUCUAAAAUUUUAUUUGACAUUGUGGAGAAAAAUAAUUUCCUUUAAUUUUGCAAAA